AUCCACAUGGGUCUCAACGAAUUAGUGCAUUGGUAUCAAAAAAAGAUUGGAACUUAUGAUAAACAACAAUGGGAAAGAACCAUAGAGCAACAUAUUCUUGACGGUCUCACCCAUGUUCCAAUGAGAACGACAAAACUUAAAACAGAAUUGAUUGAUGUGGAUCUUGUCCGUGGAUCUUCAUUUCCAAAAGCCAAGCCGAAGCAUGGUUUGUCAACAGUAGCUUGCCUAGCAUUUCAGCGGCUCUUGCUCUUGCCAUUGUAUAAAAAGUGGUGGAUACAGCAAACAAGUUAUCGCAUUUUUGUGCUUUUCUUGUUACUGUAUAGUUUACAAGCAGUGAACAUCUUCCUGUAUUACGUUUAUGCGAACAGGGAAAAUGAGGCAGAAAUUGUGUCAAUGUCCGAAGUAUUAGUACCUGUUGUUAUGAUGUUUGUUCUAUGUAUUGUGCAUUCGCAUAUUGUGUCAACCCAUUCAGGUCCUACUAUGAUGUAUAAUCAAUCCAGACAACGAAUAACAAGACGAUCUCGAAAUGCCAGGUGCAGAAAUGGAAAAACAAGACCUAGACAGAAUUUACGUAUACAUAAGGAUGCAAAGUCUUCUCAAGAUAUGGCUUCUGAAAAAGCAAGUACAGGAAGUGAAGAAGUAUUUACUGCGGUAAGAUUUGCUAAGAAAGUGGUGAUCCAAAAUUCCUCGACUGUUAGUCAAUCUCAAGAAUCUGCAAGUGCUCAAGUAGUAUAUGACAAAGAGUUGAUAAGUACUGGGGAAAAUUCUGAUACUGCAAAUGAAAGUUCAACUAAUCAUGAACAGCAAGAUGAUAUACCAGAAGAACAUGUAGCAAAUGUACAUCAAGAUGAUGACGGCUUUGAAAGUUUAAAUGGUAAUGUUUCAAGCGAUAAUGACAAAGUAGUAGGUCGUGCAUUGAUGCAAGGAAAUAAGUCACGAUUAGGUGCAGCACGUCAGAAUAAAGACCAUAUGUGGUCAGAAGACAGCACCAAUCAACAAAUUUCAUUUGCAUCACAGCAUUCAGCACCUGACCCAUUAAAAAAUGACGACAAUUUUAUGGAUAGCAAAAUUCACGACAAUAUUCACGGCAGUAUUAAGAUGCGUCAUACAAAAAUAUUGGGAUCGAGGGAAGCCCGACAGCAAUGCGAGAGUGAAGAAGAAGGUGAAUGUGAGGAAGCUACAACACAUCAUCUAACAGAGGCAACAACUUCUGCUACAGAAUGGAUGGGAGUAACAACCAACAGCGACGAUUGCAGUUAUAGUUCAGAACUUGGAGAAUCUGAUUUAGCCAGCGAGACUAAUCUUAAUUAUGGAGAAUUCGUGGAGCAUCCUUUCUCAUGGGAAUUUGAAUUGCCACCUUCGAUAUUAUUUAAUUCUACUUGUACAUCAUCUGAUCGCGUUUCAUGUACGAUUUGGACGCGGCGUGAUAUCAAAAAGGCUGAAUUAUCAGUGUUGGAUAUUAGUUCAGCAAUUAUUGCGAGAGUUGAAUCCAUGCCAGAGAGCAUGAAUUACUUUUAUAGCGGUCUAAUACUUAGUGUUGCAUUAUGUUUUAUACCAUCAAUAAAACGACUAAGUGAUCAUAUAAGCUCAGAUAAUAUCAAUAAUGCAUCCGUUAGUCUGUUACCAAGCGAUAUGAUCCAGGUGAACUUUGAAACAUAUACUGAUGUCUUGUGUAGAAUAAUUAGUAUAGCAUUCGGAGCAUCCUUAUGGGAACGAACAGUGGUACUAAUUUCAACGUUCGAACGAUUUAUGUUGUCGUGCUGUUUGUUUUUCUUGCUGGCAGUAGCGGAACGAACGUAUAAGCAGAGACUUUUAUACGCGAAAUUAUUUUCUCACUUGACGUCAUCCAGACGUGCGCGAAAGUCCGAUUUGCCACAUUUCCGGCUGAAUAAAGUGCGCAACAUAAAAACGUGGUUGAGUGUUAGAUCUUAUUUGAAACGGAGAGGACCUCAACGAUCUGUGGAUGUAAUUGUUUCAGCAGUAUUUAUUGUUACAUUAUUAUUGCUGUCAUUUGUAAGUUUGGAAUUAAUUAAAGAUCUCGAAAGUUUACACUCAAGAUACAAUGUCGAAGCAUUAUUCUGGAGCUUCUCACUUGGAAUAUUUAUAUUACGAUUUAUGACAUUAGGAACGAAGAUUAACAAAAAAUAUAGAAAUCUUUCAGUUUUAAUAACUGAACAAAUCAAUUUAUAUUUACAAAUUGAACAAAAGCCUCAUAAAAAAGAAGAGCUUAUGGUCGCAAAUAGCGUAUUAAAAUUGGCGGCUGACUUGAUAAAGGAAUUGGAGAAUCCAUUCAAAAUUUCUGGCCUCUCGGCUAAUCCAUAUCUAUACACUAUUACCAAAGUAGUACUACUCUCCGCCCUCUCAGGAGUGCUGUCGGAACUACUUGGUUUUAAGUUGAAACUACAUAAAAUAAAAAUCAAAUAAAGCAAUACAUGGUAUGUAUACGGAAGAAAUCAUGCAUUGUCUGAUAAUUUUAGAUAGUUAUUGAAUUUGAUUUUUCUUCUCUGCUGAGAUCUUCUCUGAUUAUAUUUAGUUAAUUUUAAUAAUUAAGGUGCUUUAGUUUAUUAAGUUUUGAGACUGUAAAUAACAAAAUCUUAUUUACUAGUCAAAUUAAUGAUAAUUUAAUACUCAAUAUAC